AAAAGUUUCAGAGAAGAGACGAAGAAAGUAAAAGGAAAAUCUAAGCGAGAAAAAGUGUACAACAAUGUUCACAAAACUCGUUUUCGUGUCACGAAAAGAUCGCCCUUCGAUUUGGAUUCGUUCGGUGCACCAUUCGCUGGAAAUGAUGGAGGUUUCUGCAACAUUCACUACGAGCUAUGGUUUCGCGAGUGGUGGAUCGAGAGGGAGGAGAUUGACCAAGUAUAUGGCUCUCCUGUGGUUAAUCAUGGCGUUUCAUACUUUGACGAUGAUCUCUGCUAAUACGGAACCAGCUGAUGCCUAUUGCUUGCGUCUGUAAACAGUUGAUGCUUUGCGCAGCCUACAAACUAAUUUAGAAGAUCCUAAGGAUGUUCUGCGGAGCUGGGAUCCUACACUUAUGAACCCUUGCACAUGGUUUCAUGUUACAUGUAACAAUGAAAGUAGUGUUAUAAGAGUUGAUCUUGGAAAUGCAGGAUUAUCUGGUCAAAUAGUUCCUCAGCUUUGUCAGCUUAAAAAUUUAAAGCACCUGGAGCUUUAUGGUAACAACAUAAGUGGAUCGAUUCCCAGUGAUCUUGGGAAUUUGACAAAUUUGGUGACCUUGGAUCUGUAUUUGAACAGUUUCACUGGUCCCAUACCAGACACAUUGAGCAGGCUGACGAAACUGCAAUUCCUCCGGCUCAACAACAACAGCCUUUCUGGUUCUAUUCCAUUGUCCUUGACUAAUAUCACAGCACUGCAAGUCCUUGAUUUAUCAAACAAUCGCUUAUCAGGACCUGUUCCAGACAAUGGCUCAUUUUCAUCAUUCACUCCCUUGAGUUUUGCUAAUAACUUAAAUCUAUGUGGACCAGUUACUGGGAGAACUUGCCCUGGAUCUCUACCACUUUCCCCUCCUCCAUUUGUUCCACCAUCAACAAUUGCUUCUCCAGGAGGAAAUAGUGCCGCUGGAGCAAUUGUUGAAGGUGCAGCUGCUGCUGCUGCUGCCUUACUUUUUGUUGCACCAGUACUUGGGUUUGCAUGGUGGCACAGAAGGAAACAACUAGAAAAUUUCUUUGAUCUAUCUGACGAAGAGGAUCUAGAAGUCCACUUGGGACAGCUCAAAAGGUUUUCUUUGCGAGAAUUGCAAAUUGCAACUGAUACUUUUAGCAAUAAAAGAAUUCUCGGAAGGGGUGGAUUUGGUAAGGUGUACAAGGGAUGCCUUGCUGAUGGUUCGUUAGUGGCAGUAAAAAGACUUAAAGACGAGCGGACACUAGGUGGGGAGUUGCAGUUUCAAACAGAAAUAGAAAUGAUCGGCUUGGCUGUGCAUCCAAAUCUUUUGCGACUACGUGGUUUUUGCAUGACACCAACAGAGCGACUGCUUGUUUAUCCAUACAUGGUUAAUGGAAGUGUUGCAUCAUGUUUAAGAGAACGUCCACCGUCAAAACCACCACUUGAUUGGCCAACAAGGAAGAGCAUCUCAAUGGGAUCUGCAAGAGGGCUUUCUUAUUUGCAUGAUCACUGUGAUCCAAAGAUCAUUCAUCGUGAUGUGAAAGCUGCAAAUAUUCUGUUAGGUGAGGAGUUUGAGGCUGUUGUUGGUGAUUUUGGGUUGGCCAAACUUAUGGAUUAUAGAGGUACCCAUGUUACGACGACAGUUUGUGGCACUGUCGGGCAUAUGGCUCCAGAAUAUCUCUCUACAGGGAAGUCGUCAGAGAAGACUGAUGUCUUUGGCUAUGGGAUUAUGUUGUUAGAGCUGAUCACUGGACAGAGAGCAUUUGAUCGUGCUCGGCCUGCAAAUGAUGAUGAUGUCUUGCUGCUAAAUUGGGUUAAAAGACUCUGCAAAGAGAACAAGUUGGAAAUGCUGGUAGAUCCAAAUCUGCAGAACAGUUAUUUUGAAGCCGAUGAAGUUGUGCAGCUGAUCCAAGUAGCACUGCUCUGUACACAAGCGGUUCCAAUGGACCGGCCUAAGAUGUCAGAGGUUAUCAGAAUGCUCGAAGGUGAUGGCUUGGCAGAAAAAUGGGAGGAGUGGCAGCAGUUGGAGUUAUCCCGCCCGGAAUUUGCAUGGGUCCCACCUUUUGAAUUUAAUCGGAUUGUUUACUCCACCCCCAAUUUGCCUGACUCCACCCCCAAUUUGCCUAAUGCUGAAUUGUCUGGACCGAGAUGACCUAAAGGAUAAGUAGAGAACCUUAUUAUUUACAUUAUUUGUGCAUAUGUUCGAUAGCAUUGUGUAUGCAAUAGCAUUUAUCAGAAUUUGGGCAUAUGUUUUUAUUAUAUAUGCAUGUAUGAGAGAGAUGGUUCUUUGCUGUUGAGAGUACACAGGUUCGAUA